AUGACGAAAAAGACAAAACACGGCGUGAAGAAGACCGGGAGCGCGAAGAAGAAGGUACCGGCGUCGCAGCGUGCGACCACCAGGGCGGCGCUCGCGAAAACGCCGGAGAAGAAGAGGGGGAAGAUUACCUCGAAAGACGAAACAAUCCUCGUCAAGACGCCCAAGACGCCGAAAUCGAAGACGCCGUCGAGCGGAGUGAAGAAACCGAAGGGGUCUUCGACGAAGAAGGUCGUGUCGAGCGAGAAGCGACGGCCGACGCCGAAAAAACCAGCGAACACGACGACGUACAUAAUGAAUCAACGCAAAUACGGACCGCAACCGAAGACACCGAGACCGUUGUCGUCGAUGAAGAGCCCGAGGCUGGAGACGCUGGCGACGGCGACGACGAAACCGCCGGAAAGCGGGUUGGACAUGUUCGGGAGUAUGAUCGGGGAGCUGUCGCCGAGGAUGCACGUGUCAGAGACGGCGGACGCAGAACGAAACGCUGAGGUGAUAAAAUUGUGCUCGAUCAUCGCGGAACAGGCGAAGAAGAUCGCGCACCUCGAGACCGAGGUAAAGAAUCUCAGGGCACAAAUUCAAGCGAGAGCGGUGGCGCCGGUGCCGACGUUACGAAGGGUGCCGUCCACGACAUCGGGGCUCGCUUCACGCCUCGCUGGACUGUUUCAGCGGGAGAAGUAA